AAUCUCUGAUAUCCACAUGCAGGCAUGCAGCCGGCUUCAAGCAGUUCGUCAAACUGGACAUUUUCUCCAGUGACACUGAUCCAGUUGCCUUUCCCUGUCCAACCUGGUGCAUCGCCAACGAACAGCGCAAACACCUUGACGUCUUUAUCGGCUCGAGCUGCCCCAAUUGAACUCUACAACUUUCUACAACUUAUUCCGACAGCACAUCACGACAGCAGACUGCGAUACCACACCCGAUACUGGUCAACAUGUCAACCACCAAAGAAACAAAGGCCGCCGUGCCAGAGCCCGUCCCCGAAUACGUUACCAAAUGUCGUCUUUCUAUUCCAGAUGCCGUACGAAUCCCCCUUGCGUCUAGUACCGCUUUGCUCAUUGGCUUCACGCUCGGAGUGAGCCAGGGCAUCAAGACAGCCGGUAUGCGCUUUCGCGCCGAACACGCCCACAAGCUGCCGACCACCAAGAUGGGAUGGUACUUCUACCACAAGAGCAAGAACUACAACUCCAUCUGGGGCGGUGCCAAGGAGGGUGCCAGGAUGGGAGCCAAGAUUUGCUUCUGGACAACAGCGAUGUUUGGUAUCGAGCACAUGUUUGACGCCUAUCGCGGGACGGCCGACAUCUUCAACACUGUAACCGCCUGUGUGACUGUUUCGGGAGCCUUCAGUCUAUGGAAUCGCUUCUCUUUGCCCAUGGCGGCCCGGACAACCAAAACCGCCCUGGUCGUAGGUCUCGCAUACGGAGGCUUGCAGGAUGUAGCUGGUAUCGUAAGAGGUCGACCCAUCGGAUAUUUCGAAUUCCUCAAGCGCCGCGUUGGUGGCUUUAAGAAUGCGGCGGACGAGAACCAGAAGGAGCGGGUGAUUUAAAGACGAUAAGUCCAAUCCCUUCGGCCCACACCUUCGCCCAAAGGUGCAACCCAAUUCGAUCGGUGAAGAAAUACGAAUCACAACGUUGGUUACUUCUCAGUGUUACCAACACGUCCGAUCUCGGAAGCCCCAGAUGCUCCGCAACGGUUAUUCAAGGUCGAAAC